AUGGAGCUAAAAAACUUAACUGAAGAAGGGAACCAAAAAAUGAUUGAAGAACUUUACUGCUCAUCAGAAUUAACUCGACAAGCACCCAACCACCUGAUAACUCUUCUAGUGCUUAACGCGUUCGUGCUUAUUACUGCAUUCCGAGAAAACACUAUAAUUCUCGCCGCUCUGCGCAGGGAAUCUUCACUUCAUCCGCCGUCCAAACUCCUGUAUCGUAACCUAGCGAUUACUGAUCUCUGUGUUGGUAUCAUCGUGGAGCCUUUUUAUGUUAGCUACUGGGUAUCUGCGGUGUUUAAACGGUGGAAUAUCUGUCGCUACACAUUGGCAACAAGUAUUGUCGCGGGCUAUACUUUGACCGGAGUGUCUUUGUUGACACUAGCUGCAAUAAGCGUGGACAGACUUCUCGCCUUGUUGCUACGGAUCAGGUACAGACAUGCAGUAACUUUAAAGAGGGCGUAUAUUGCUGUAAUCUUAAUUUGGGUUGUGCCUAUUGUUGGAGGAACAAUGUACUUUUUUAACCGUGUUGUGACUUUAUGGUAUGGCAAUAUAAAUAUCUUUAUUUGCCUCCUCACCACGAUUUUUUGUUACACUAAAAUUUUCAUUACUCUCCGUCACAACCAAAUUCAAGUACAAGAACACGUUUCCACCCAACGACAACCGCGUCAAGCAACUCCACUGAACAUGGCUCGAUACAGAAAGGCAGUAUCCAGUGCACUGUGGCUUCAAUUGACACUGGUUGUUUGUUAUCUACCUUACGGUGUAGCGGUAGCCUCUACGCCUCAAUGGGGUGUACCUCUAUCCUUUCUCCUUGCUAGACAUUAUUCGGGGACUUUAGUUUACUUAAACUCGUCAUUGAACCCGUUGCUGUACUGCUGGAAGAUUAGAGAAAUCAGGCAAGCAGUGAAGGAGACACUCAGGCAACUUGGCUGUUUACCAGGUUAG